UCAAGUUAUAAAGGCAACAACGAGGAAACAGAUCUCAGCUUUCCUCAUAUUAAAGCGGAGGAUUAUCUGUUUAUCAACCACAUAACCAGAGGAGCCCUGGUCGCCGUGGCGCAUGCGCGCUACGGCCCUCGGGAGUCGCGUUACCAGCCCACGGAGGACCGGGAGCAGCCGUCAUCGGCAGAGAGGCGGCUCAGUCCCAGAACGUUCAUGCGCCGCUCAGAAGACGACGGUGCCGGCUCCUCAGAGUCGCAGGAAAUGUCGUCCACGGAGCUACCGUGCCCUAAAGUUUGUCCACUUACCUACGCACCAGUGUGCGUCGAAGACAUCAACCACGAUUACCACUUGUUCGAUGAUGAGUGUGAGGUGCGCAAGUGCGCCUGUGACACAGGGUUCGUUUACAAGUUUGUACCAAGGGAGAUGUGUAAAGGACCAAUGUCACCCUGUCCACUGCAGCCAAAAUCUUCCCGGCGUCUUGAUGUAGAGGAAGACGCUGAAAUUGAAGACUCGUCCUCCAGCGAGUAACGUCCGAGUGGCUGUCCUGACGACAAGGAAUCUUCGUAAAGCAGAAAAAUGAUUAGUGUGCUUAGAGGUACCAAGAAAAUACGAGAGCAGAAGAAUUUACCUCAUGUACUCGCAACAAAACUACCUGAAUAACCUCAGCAACGUUUCUGCUAUAUUGAUUCGACCACCAAAUACAAUAAAUCAAAUCAGAUUUUAUUUUAUGUUACUUGCUAUUUACAUAAAUUUUU